UGAUUUAAUUUACUUAAAAUAUUAAUUGUAUUAUUCAGUUAAAGAUGACAGAUGAUCGUCGUUGGAUGUAUAGACGACGAGGUCCUCGUGGAUAUUAUGAUGGCGAAUUCUUUAAUGGAUUACAACAAUUUUUUGAUUUCGUAAAUAGUCAUCUCGUUGUCCACCCGAAUGCCGAAAUUCGCUGCCCCUGUAGCACAUGGUGAAACUUUAAGUAAUAAUGUUGAUCCAUGGUUUGCCACAGGUGAUGUGGCAUCCUCAAGUAAUAUUGAGGAACAUGGUAAUGCUGAGGAUGAUUUUCAUCACAUGGUUUAUGAUGCAUUCUGUCCAUCUAAGAAUGAUCGCCAUAGAAAUGAAACAGAGUUUGCAUAUGAAAAUGUUGGAGAUGUGCCAAAUAAUAAUGCACAAUCUUUUUAUGACUUGUUGCGUGCUUUAACCAUCCCACUUGGACCAGCAUCAAAUAACCAAACAUUGCUUGGUUGGUUAUCAUAUAUGCUGCACACCAAAGCCAAAAACAACAUAAGUGGUGUUGGUUACAAUGAGAUCAUUCAUGGCUAUAAGAAAUUGUUAAGUCCGGAAGAUCAACAAAAAGUACCGUCAAAUUUUUAUGAAGCAAAGAAAUUCAUGAAAAGCCUAGGUUUAGGUUAUGUCAAAAUUGAUGCAUGUGUCAACAACUACUUUCUGUAUUAUGGUGAUGAGGCUAAGUCACUUACUGCUUGUCCAGUUGGUGGUGAACCCAGGUAUAAAAGAUGCAACUCUGCUCAAACUGGAAAAAAGGAUAGGCCGAGGAAUUCUUUAUGGUAUCUACCCAUUAUUCCACGCCUACAGAGGCUGUACAUGUCUCAUAAAACCGCUGAGCAUAUGACAUGGCACCUUAAAUGUCGUGUUGACUUAGAGAUCCUCAUUCAUCCAGCUCAAUCUAAUGCUUGGAAGCACUUUGAUGCUGUUCAUCCUUCAUUUGCAGCUGAUCUGCGAAAUGUCUGGGUUGGUCUUGCAACAGACAGGUUUAACCCAUGGGAUCACUCUUCGAGGUCAUAUUCCUGUUGGCCUGUUUUCAUUAUUGUUUACAAUCUUCCUCCUGAGAUGCACAUGUGACCUGAAUUUACAUUCCUGACACUUGUUAUUUCUGGGCCAAAGAGUCCAGGAAAAAACAUUGAUGUUUUCC